AUGUCUCUUUUAGAUGAAUCUCGGAGAAAUCUCCGAUGUGAACUCCGACGCUUUGCAGGACUUCAAUUUACAACAAUGGAGCAUGUUGAGAUUCAACGUUGGCGUAAUCGACUGCGUCAACUUCUCACGGAUGUACGCCGGUGUGCCAUUGCGGUUGGUUCCGCCUCUCUUGGCCCUUCUUCCUCUUCUGCUGUUGGGAUGAAUGCCACUGGAACAGGAACAGCAGCAGUAGGAGGAGUAGGAGUAGUGGGGAAUAAUAAUAAUAAUAAUAAUAAUAAUAAUUCUUAUUCCAAUACCAUCACAACAGGGCCUAUGGCAACAAUAGUGAAUACAAAUACAACUGCUACUACUAAUACUAAUACUACGGCUGCGGCUGCCGCUGCGACUAUGAAUACAGCUGCGGCUGGUGGUAUUGGGAGUUCACCAGUGACGAGUGCGAAUGCAGAUCAUCGUCCACGUAAAGGAAUGAAGGGAAAUGGAAAAGGAACGACAAACACGGUAACUACUACCACUACGGCAACAGCAGCAGCAGCUCCUAACAACAACAACAACACCACAAAUGUUUCUGGAAUGGCAAUGAUGUCUACAUCUCAUUUCUCAGCAUCUCUACACUCUAUGAAUGCCACUACUGGUGGAAUGGCAGGGGGAACUAUACGCCGUGAACAACCAUUAGAGUUGGAUGUGGCUGUUGUCUUUGCAGAGGAGUGUAUUGCCGCGGCGGAGUUCUUAAUAUCUAAAGGCAUGUAUGAAGAGGCAUUAGAAUUGUGUCUAGAGGCACUGGAACGGGAUGUGCGAUUAACACUACGAGACGCCGCAAGCCGAUCGGAAACGGCACGAGAUGCAGAAAAGAAUGAAAAACCCCAAACGUUAUUUUCUCUCCAACAACAACAACAACACGAUGAGGGUCGUCACUUGAGUACUGGUACUAAUGCUUCUGUUGGACGUGGUACGGUUCCCCUUUCACCACAGUUAGUGGCAGUUUUAUUACGUGCCUGGCGUCUUGUAGCCCAAUAUGAUAUUCUGCGGCGUACAUGUAUGGCCCAUCUUGCCCUUCAAUACAAUAUAGGGAAUAGAGGCCGUGAUGUGGAGGAUCAUCCUUCUAUCUCUUAUCCUCAUCCUGAUUCUAGUGAUGGGGAUCAUUCGUGUUCAUACACUGGGAAUCCAGCGAUUAUGCGGGCUAUAGGAGAUAUGGAUGUUCUUACUACACGACUGGUUUCCGUAGCCAAAGUAGAUGCGGAUGGGAGUUAUUAUAUUCUUUUCAAUGGUACCAUUGCGGUAUAUGAAUUAUGUCUUUCUCUCUUACAUGCUGUAGGUCGGGAUGUAUUGGAAGUACUUCCACACAUUGCACGUUAUAUUGCCUUAUGUGUAGAUCUCUGUGAGUCUGCCACGUUAAAAUUAGCCACCGUGCGAUAUCUUCCUUGGCGUCUUCGAUUAUAUGAUCUUCUCACAACAUGUUAUGAACAACAGGAGUUGUAUAAUGAUGCUCUUAUCAUUGCACAGCGGGCUAUGCGGAAAGUACGGGAAUUAGUAGAAUUGGAACAUUUGGAUCCUGUUCCACCAACAAUGGCAAGUCAAGAGGUGAUGUUGUAUGCACUGGAUCACACUCUAUUAGCGGUGGUUAAAUAUACAUGGUAUGUGAACAGUACAGGCAAACAAACAACAACAACAAUAACAACAGGAGGAGGAGGAAUAGGCACUAGUGCAGAAACAACAACAACAACAACAACAAAAGGAGGAGGAGGAGCUGGUGGUGGAGGUACAACUGCAGAGACAACCUUAUUAACAUCACAGGAACAACCACUCUCUAUAGGGAAUGUACCACAAAGUGGUUUGGAAAUGUUGAAUUCGGCAUGGCAACUAUUAUUGAAAGUGGAAUUACCGAAAUCAUCUAAACAACAAUUGUCUGAAUCCCCAGGUAACACAACAGGUACAACAGGAGCCGAUAAAGGUUCUUCACAGGGUCGUAAUAAAAAAGGAAAAGAUAGUUCGAAACAACAGCAACAACAGCAACAACAACAACAACAAGAACAACAACAAAAGGAAUUAGUGUUAAAGAGAGAACUGGCAGCCAAACGUGCAUUUGGAACUUUAGUGCGGUUUCUCUUAUCUUUCACCACCGCACCCACAUUUUCUUUGCCUUCUCAAACCACAGAGAAUGAACCAAACACAAAAAAAAUAUCUCCACAAUCUCUUGCAGCUGCUUCUGCGGUGAAACCCUUUCGUGGUUGGGCAAUUGAAGCCUUGGAGUUUCUUACCCAUCGUGCGGUGUUUACUUAUUUACAGACUAAUCCCUCUGUGAGAGAAAAGGGAUUAGAAGAGGAUUUUAAGAAUGUUGAUGUAUUACCUCAAUCCUUACAAAUGCAAUUACAACAAUUACAACAAGGGAUAUCUAAUUUAAAUAAUACAACUUCUGGAGGUAAAAAGAAUUCCCCUGCUAGACGUGGUAAUCGUGCACAACCGGCCAGUCAACCAAUCAUCUUAGCCAUGGAUGAUCCGGCCUUUUUAAAGAGUAUCACAUUGGAGAAUCUUUUAUAUACACUUGCACCUCUUAGAGCCCCUGUACAAAUCACAUCUGAUGGAGAAAAGAUUACUUCUUCUUCUUCUCCUCCUCCAGGAGGACAACCACCACAACAUAUAGAUGUGUUGAAUGAGGAAAGUUUAUUAAUGAUAUUACUUCUUCAUCGUGUGUUAUUUGAUGGGAAACACGGACACUUAUACGGUAGACUUUGUACCUGUAGUAUUGCUUCUUUGCAGGGAUGUCAUGUGGAAGAAGAAGAAGGGAAACAUGAUAUAAGUACAACUACUAAUACUACUACAGCAGCAGGAACAACAACUACUACUACUACUAUUACAAAGGGUAGUGGAGUUAGUGGAAAUAAGAAAAAUGCACAACAACAACAAGCAGUAGUAGUAGCCCCAGUAUCUAAGAAGGCAGCGCAGAUGCGUUUGUUGGAUUUAGUGUCUCUUACAUUAGCAUUACUGCAACGUAUGCGACGGGCAGGUGUGGGAACGGAAUUAGCCAAUACCACUGCAACCUUUACAACAACAACGGCAAAAGAACAAAUGGGUGAGUUAACACCCAUCACAGAUGAAUUAAAGAAAUUAUUAAAACUUUACGCCGGACCAAAUGCCGCCACUGUUGCUGGUAAUCUUCAAUCAACAAAGAAUGAUACCAUAGCUUUUACUAUGGUUCCUAUACAAUCAUCCCAUUAUAUAAUGCUUGGUACGACAACAGCAAUGUCUAGUAGUUUAACUAUGUUUUAUCAAAAAUUUCUAGAAGAGACGACUACAUUUCUACAAGAACGUGUAAAUACGUGUUUUGCACAACUUUCAAUUUCAUCUUCAUCUGGUUCAGAAUCUUUAUUUGGAAAAAGUAUGUCAACUGAAAAAGCCGUUGACGAUAGACGAGAACAAGAAGAAAAACAAGAGAUAUUUGAUGUUUAUCAUAAUGUGAUUUGUACCUGUUUGGAGGCAAAAGUAAAUAGUGGAUUAACAGAUGCUGUUGGAAUUGGUCAACUGGUUCUCACCUAUGCAAAGGAGGUAGAGGCGGAAGUCUCCACAAGUGAAACAACAGCCACCACUCACAAUACCAACAAAACCAGUAAUAAUAAUAACAACAACAAUAGUAAUAGUAAUAGUCCUUCUCACAAUAUGGAUACUGUACAUAUGCUGCGAAAGACCUGCGAACGAACCCGCACGGCAAUUGCGGCCAUUCGAAUGGCACUUGGAUGUCUGGCGCAGCGUCCACGGCAAACGUCCAUCUCAUCAAGGCGGCCUGGUGCCGAUAGUCCCAUCAAAGAAUCAUCUCCCUCCCCACCUCAACAACAACAACAACAACAACAAAUGAACAGUGAAAUGAUUCGACGAUUGCGGCACGAACAGGAAGUGUUAGACACACGUACAGCUCUCACACAUUGUAUGUUGGAGUUGCGUUGGCAUCAAGCCAUUCACCGACAACACUACGCCGCAGUGGAGCGACAUCGGGCAGAUGUGAAGUUAGUGAUGGAGCGUCAUGCUAAAUCUCGUAUUUAUGGUGCUGUCACAGCAAAGGAAUUAAAUGUGUUGGAAUCUCUUUUACAAGCAGAGCCCACUGCAAAUGCUAUUGCCUCUUAUGAUAAUGAUGAUGAGAAGAAACGAAUGUUAGCAUGGGCACGUAGUGAAAGAGAUGUAUUAUUGCAUGCCCUUGUGCUGGUCUGUUUGGCAUCUCAUCAGACACAAGUGAAGGCACAACGGGAAAUGAUGGAAGAGGCAUUUCGAUUAUUACAUCGAUAUGAAGGUAGACGUCUACAUGCUCAGAAUAGACCACUUAGUCCUCCUCAACAAACACAACAACGAGAAGAUACUGCGUAUUCAGAUCUUAUGAUUUGGUGUUAUGCUGUUACGGUGAGUGGUAAGUUGGGUUUUAUGAAUAUGACAGAGAGUGCAAAGAAUGUUCUCUAUGCCGCAUUUGCAAGUAAUCAUAAUAGUGAGGGACAAACAGGAGAUGGAAGACGAAUAGGUCAUGAGAAUGAUCUUCAGAAUACAGCAACAGGUAUGAUGACAAAAGGUACAAUUCAAACGAGUACUUCUACUUUACCUUCUCCUCCUCCUCCAACAACAACAACGACAGCGACAGGGACGACUACAACUACGGAAAAAAUGAAAAGUGAUAGUAUUACUGGAAUGGAUCCUUCUGUUUUCUUAGUUGUACAUCCUAAUGAAGAGAUGUUGGCAGUCUCUUCACCACUCCUCUUACGUACACUUGUAUCUGCAUUACUUUGGAUGUCUACUGUGGAGAUGCGUCGUUGUCCAUAUCAUAACUAUGAUAUAACGGGUAUUAUGCCAUUUGUGGAUAUGGGUGAAUUAAUGGAAGUUCCAUUUAAAGAACGAUAUGGACUCGCACGUAUGCAAAUGUGGCAUUUGCGAAGUGCCUAUCGUAUUCAGUUUGCUAUUGAACUUGCUGAUCGUGUACAAGAUUAUCCAUUAAUGCUACAAUGUACAUAUGAACUCUUUAAUGCACUACUACCAACUCUCACAGAUGCCAAUUACUCUCCAUAUGUACUACAACCAUUAGCAACAUUAUGUGGAGCCUUUAGGCGACAACCCGCAUCUGUUUGGGGAGACGCACACACACAAUUACUGGCCGUUCGCACAUUGGAUGCCUUAUUGAAAACAAUUCGAAAAAUGUCUGCUGUUGGAUUAAGUGCAGAUUCAAAUUCUUUGUUUUUUUCAGCUCCUACUGGUACGGCUAACGCUAAUGCUAAUGCUAAUACUGCUUCAGGAUUAGGUGAUGCGACUUCUAGUACACUAACAGUAUUUCCAACAUCUAUUCAAGGAUGGUACGAUUUACUCCUUUCUGUCUUUUCACAUGUGUGGAAUCAAGUAUAUACACAUCCCAAUACACGUCAACUUCGAUAUUUAAGUAAUAUUCGUCAAACUGCCAAAGAAGUACAACGUACUUUAGGUCUUAGUCCAGGUUGUUUAGAUGUUUUACAUGUUGUUACUUCGAAUACACCAACUCCUGCUCCUGGUGUUUCUCAGAAUUUAAACAAUAACCGUACACCGCGAGGGAAUAAUAAUCGCUCAUCUAAAAGGGCAUCUACCACACCUGUUCCUGGAAAUGACGUUACAAUGUCUCUCUUUCCUGGAAGUUCCUAUGCCGUAGCGGAUACUGUGUUGGAUGAUUGUAUGCCUAUUGAAUACCUCACAUUAUUAGGAGAAAUACUCUUUACAGUACCAGGAGGUGGAACCACUGUGGUUUCUCGUCCUUUUAGUGGACGAAGAGAAAAAUCUAUAGAUAGUGAAGGAUUGACGGCAACAUCUUUAAACCUUAUAGGAGUUCCAACGUGGUUAUCUGAGGUGGCCCGUGGGCUUUCAAGUAAAUCUGUGCAAACGGCUAUAGAUCGAUUACAGCAGGCGGCGACUGAUCCACUUUACGCUAAGACUGCUGUUUAUAUUGUGGAGUAUCUUUUAAGACAAGGUGAUAUUAACACCGCCAGACGUGUAGCCACAGAGGCGUUAGAAACCAUUCAGAAAUUACACACCGGUGUACAGGAAUUUCAACAAACAGUGAUUGACUCUAUGCUGGAGUGGUUACAACGGGAGGGAUAUAUGUUGGUAGAAAUCCCACAAACACAGAAAAAGACUGCACCGCAGGAAAUUACUCCCACGAAACAAGGACGAUCAUCCAAACGUGCAGAAGCGAAAGGAACAGAAACAGUAGUGGAAGUACGACGACCACAUCAGUUCACUAGUGUGGAUGGAAGAGAAUGGACAAUGGCAGAACAACAAAUGUUAAGACAACUCACACGUGGAGUAGCACGAAUACGUAGACGUCGUGCUUUACGUUGGUUGCGUGGUCGCAUCAUGCAGUUUAACGCACCUUAUCAGGCACAAUUGCAUAUGUAUCUAGCCACAUGUGCACAAAUGACACUGGAGCGAAUGCAGCGGCAAAUGCAAGAGAAUGAACAGAAUGGAACUAACGGUAAUAAUAAUAAUAAUGGUAAUGGUAAUGGUAAUAAUAAUAGUACGGGUAUGAUUCCUACAGGUACAUCUCCAGGGCCUAGUAUGGGAAGCACAAUUGGACGUGGAGGUAAACGAAACAAAGCACGAGAAGGAGAGGCGGCAGCAGCAGCAGCACGAGAAGAAGAAUUAAGAAUGCAGAAAGAAGAGGAAGAACAUCUUGUUAAACAUGGGACACAUGCGGCGAUACUCUUUAAUCGUUGUUGUUUUCCAUCUCAUGCCUUUAUGGCCAUUACACAAGCUAUAGAUGGGUUACGUGCAUUUGUCUGUGAUGAUCCACCCGCACAGACGUUAUCAGAUGAAAAACUAAUGCUUCUCUGUAAUCCAAAUGAUAAUAAUAAUAAUAAUAAUAAUAACAAUAAUAAUCCUGAUGCUGAUGUGAUGGGUGAUAGUGGUGGCGGUGGUGGUAUUACUCCUCAUGUUGCUGUUAUUCCUACUGGUGGUGGUGGUGGUGGUGAUGAGCCUUUACAGUCAGGACGUCCAAGUCUUCAACAAUCAACAGAAUCCAGUAAUCUCUCUGUACAAGGUGGUGAUGCUAUGCAAAAGACACUCAUUAUAGCUGAAAAGUUACGUGAAUGGGGACCUCGUGUUCUUCCACUUGCACAUGCCUUACAUGAAAUGUUAUUAUUACUAUGGAAUGGUUUUGCAGAUAAUCGUCGUGAUGUGGAGUUUUUACAACCAGCUGCUGUAAAAGUUGGCCGUGAUGUACUUGCAGAGGAGCAAUUACCUUUUCAAGGUCGAAUUCCUUCUUUACAUGUUUAUAUCUCUGCAGCAGGGCAAUAUGAGGAAUCUCGUCUUGCACAUAUGGCUCUAAUAUCAUAUAGACGUCUGAUACAAUCAAUGACUUGGCGAGUACGUGAUUUGUUUAGAAAAGAAGAACGAGAACGAUCUCAAUUACAACAACAGUGUUGGAGUACAUGGCAACAAAUACUCUCUUCACAAACCACAGUUCUUCCAUUCUUAACACCUCAUGUAAAGGAGGUGGAACAGAUGUUAACAUGGAUACAAGAACAAGAACAACAGAAAGAAGAAAAAGAACAUCAAUUGGAUUUAAAGAAAAAAAAGAAGAAAGUUGGAAAAGUUGGUGGUGUCAAGUUAAAGAAAUCUAUUCCAGAUCCUAUUCGUACAGAUACCGCAGAUGCGGCGGUAGUAGUGGCACGACGUCUCGGUUCAGCAUUACCAGCAGAACGUAUUAUUGAACAUUUAAUGUUUCUUUUACAGUAUAUGCAAUUUAACAGACAACGUGCAUCUCUUGAACUUGCACAAGAGGUCCAUCGACUAACAGGUGGAUUCUUUGCCUCUGAUUUACUUCCUUUUGUGUUGUAUUUACAAACAACUAUGGGAAUGCCUAUGAAUGAGAAGUUACUAAAUGAAUAUAUCUCUCUUCGUAGAAAUGAACCUGUGUAUAAGGCUCUUAUGCGUAAUGCUCAACAAUUAUGGGAACGAUAUACCACCACCGAUACGUAUAAACGUGUCUUGCAGCGUCUGACCCGAACAUUAAUGCCAUUAAAACAACACACAUCUCAACAACAACAACAACAACCGGCUUCUCCAACCACUAUUGUUGGAGGUGGAGGUGGGAAUGGAUCUGUAUUGGAGUGGGAUGUUAAUUCCAUGGCAAGUGGGGAAACAACGCUUACAUGGCAAACCGCACGUGGGACUACAAAUAUGCGUCGUAUGAAUGUACGGGAUGUGAUUAAAAGUUAUGAAAGUGUUAUUACACAUUUGCGACAACGACGUUUAUUUGGACUUCUUGCAGAGCAAUUAUAUAAACUUGGACGUAUUCAUUUACUACAUAGACAACGUGCAGAGUCGGAGCGGUGUUGGUUGGAAGCUGUAGAUGCCGCAUUAGAAAUACCAGGAUCAUUACAACGACCACCAGAGGCAUGGAAAGAGUUUGAUGUUCUCACAAUUGGAUUUCCACGUAUAUUACUUGCCGUUCUUUCACUUAGUUCACUAGCUAUGUAUACAUACCGUGAACAACAAAAACAGGCAGUGGAUGCGUAUUUAACAUCUGCAUGGAUUGUAGAAAGAUUUUUUAAACAAGGUGGUACAAGUAAUUUUCCUCAACAUUUACGUGAUUUUGGUGGAUUUGUAUUAGAAGAUCUUAUUGUACUUCCCCAUCUUGGUGAAUCUCUGAUAACAUUAAUGCCACACAUUGUCCAUCAUACACUCUUCCUUGCAUGGGAACUUCUUAAAUUUAAGUUUCCCUUAUAUGCUGCUAUGAUUGCCUCCCUCACAGAAUAUCUUGCGCGUAUACACACUCGACAUGUUGCUCUUACAGUGGAAGCACGAUUAAUACAAGCCAUGGCGGCUUCUCAUUUUGGAAAUCAUCGGGCAUCUAUGAAAAUACUUCGGGAUGUUUGUAUGGGAAAUCGUGUUCCCUGUGGAGCAUUAGAUGCCACUGCUCUCAGUGGUGUACAUGCAAUCAUGGACUCUGCAGAUGCAGUGAAGGUUGGAAAGAGUGGAAAGCGACCAGAUACAGUACAAGGGAAUGCCCAACGACAAAUGGAUUUACAGUUAGAGUUACAACAACAACAACAACAACAGCAACAACAACAACAGGAACCUCAUGAGUCUUUAUAUGAUGAUAGUGAAUUACCAAUAGUACCAGGUAAUGUAACAAGUAUUCAAGCCUUUGUAUCUCAGUGUCUCUGCACAAGUGGAGGAGAGACAAGUACUGCACAAUCCAAUUCCUCUGCUCUUACUAUUAUUGGUGGUUUACAUGAAUCUGUGGCUGCAUCUUAUGGUUUUCUUCUCUCUCAACGCGUAGAACUUGCGGUGGCGGAAUCUCUUGUAACUCUUGGUGCACGAGAGGCUGCAUAUGUCUGGUGUGCCUAUGCAACUCCUCCUCCAUUAACAACAAGUACCAAUACUACUACAACAGGAGGAGGAGGAGGAGGAGGAGGAGAACGGCGUGGUGGGCGAUCGCGUAGUUUACAGCGAAUGCCACUACAUAGUUUUACAAAUUCAGCGUGUUUAGAGGCAUUAAAUGCUGCGGAGCAAAUCUUGCAGAUAUUAUUAGCACGAAUACAAGCACGUUCUGGUGGUGGUGGUGGUAAUACAGGAGUUGUGGAUGGGAAUAGUAGUAUUAGUAGUCUUCAUAAGAAAUCUCCAAUACGAGAGAAGAGUACUAUUUUACUGAAGGAAGAUGUACCAGCUACAAGACGAUCUUGUGAAGUAGAGGAAAUGUAUGUACGUUCUGUAUCUGAACUUCUUCUGGCGAAGAUAUUUACAGCACGUGGAGAAUGUGCAAAGGCGUUAACACUUCUACAAUCUCUGGUAACCGCAUUUAAUGAUGGUGUUAUUAACAGUAUGCAUGGACGUGGUAUAUCUGGAAUGCCAUCUUAUUUAUGGUCUGUUACGAUGCAUACCUUUUGGUGUGAAGUAUAUCAAUUGAUGGUGUUAAAUCAUGUACGUGUGCGUGAGUAUGCGGCCGCACGGGAAGUUAUACAAAGUGCUCUUAUUCUCUGUGAUGAAUGUGGAGAUCCAUACACUGGACGUGUGUUUUCACUUUACAGUGCUGCGAUUGCUGCCCGUUUAGGGUCUUCUUCACAGUCAGCAGGAACAUUAAAUGUUCUUCAACGUGUUUCUCAUUCCCUUCGAUGUGAUCAUCGUAUUGAUAUGCUGUAUGCAUGGACCAUUGUGGCAAAGCACUCACUUGAACAGGAACUUCGACGAGGUAAAGGAAACCAAAAAGAAAAAGAAGAAGAAGAGGAAAAGGAGAAAAGAUAUAAUGAUGUAGUGCUUUUAGAAACUGCUGUUAUUGCUUUACGUGAGUACUGUGAAGUACAUGGUCUUUUACCAGGUUGUGUCCCACCAUUAGAGAUAGAGAUAAGGAGGAAAGAUCAACCAGCUCAACCGCAAUAUUCUAUUCUUAGUGUUAAUAAAGCACUACCAAGACCUCAAGUAGCGUGGAAUAUUGAUGCGAUAUUUCUCCAUCGUGCGUUAAAUUUACUUGCAGAUGAAUAUAUAUAUUUAGGGAAACUUGAUCUCGCUGAAAGUUUACUUCGUCAUGCUAUUUUCGCCCUUACCCCACAGUAUGAUAAUGCUGCUCAUCCUACUCCUGUUAUUGAGAGUCGUUUUAUGCUUGCCCGGGUAUUAUGUCUGCUUACCCCAACAUUACUAACACAACAGAUGAAACCAUCCACAGAAGAUAGAAAUGAAAUACCAAGUUUAAUGCAGGAUACAUCGGAAUCUCAAAUGACAGCUUCUGUCGUUAUAUCUAGAUUAGAUAUUCCCAGACAAGAACCGGUAAAACUUCUUCUUUCUGUUAUUCAAGAUAUCGUUACAAGUGGAACUCAUAAUUAUGAUAUUUUACGUUCGGCAUUAUUAUAUCUAGCGGUAUUAUUCUCACGAACGGGUCAAUCUUUUCCUAUUUUGAUUGCUGCAGCCUGUGGAGUUUUGGCAAAACUUGUACUUGAUAUGAAUUUCCAUGUCUUUAGUGGAACACGUGUGUUUUCACUCUAUGGAGAUGAUCCUAUUAAUAUGACUACAGAUGCACUCUUCACAGAGAAUAUUCUCGCCGCCAUUCAAUACACACAACGUAGUUUAGGAAAUAUCACCGAGAAGGUUAACACGAGUGGAGAAGUUUCACUAUUGUCUAGACCCACAACACCUGAUGUCCGUCGUGCGGCUGUACGCAAUCGUGAUGAAAAGGAAAAAACAAAUGUGAAGAAUCUUGUUACUCUUCCUAUUAUUGUGGCCGCCUUUGCGGCUUUACAUCGGGAUCGAUCUCUACAGUGUGUUUUCCCACCGCUGGAAUCAUUAGAUCUUGAAACCGCACUCCGUCAAGUUCGGGCGUUUUUGCAAACACGAACGGCACCCCUCAGUUGUUAUUAUCUUUGGUAUAAUGAAAACACAAGAGAAAUGUAUGUGAGGCAACAGCAACAACAACAAUCCCAACAACAACAACAACAAACAUCACAAGGACAACAAUCUCAACAAGGACAGAGUCGACUUGGAGAGACCAUUCGUACACAACGUGGGGCUACCACUAUUAUAACAGAUGCUGCCGGAUCCACAGCCUCUAUGUUACCACCUAUUGUUAUUGAUAAUCUACCACCUUUAUUUAAUGCGAAUACACUUACAGAGUUAAAUGUACCCAGGGUAAACACCGUCCUGUGUCAGUCUUUUAUGCCGGAUACACAUAAGAAUAUAAUGAAUACCGUUGGGAAAAAAAUCCCUUCAACUGGAGGAGAGAAACGAAAACGUGGAGUGACAUCAUCUCUAGCCACUUCGAGUGUUACGCGUAAUAAGAUGAAUACUACUACUAGGAAUAAUAAUAAUACUAUUAAUAGUAGUGGUGGUAAUAAUAAUAAUAAUAAUAAUAAUAAUAAUAAUAAUAAUAGUAGUAAUAAUAAUACGACUGCCAUCGAAGAGACGUUAACAUUUGUUUUAUUUGUCUCACCUGUGAAUGAUCCUAAUGUAACGCGUCCCCCAGCAUUGAAUGAAAGGAAUCAACAUAAUCAAAGUAAAAGAAAUCUACGUUCAACUGGGAAGAAUAACACCACGUCAGAUAUGAAAAAUGCUACAGAAACCAUUUCAACUUCUUCUCCUUGGAGUGAGACACGGUGUGUGGUGUUUGAACUUCCACUUCACGAAGUACAGGCAACACAAACCAAAGCCAUACAGACAUUACAAUUAAUGCAAGGUUCUCCUAUGAUGUCUACAGUGGUAGCCGCAGAUGAUGGAGAAGAAGAAGUCCCUGUAGGGGUUGUACUUUCCCAACAAUUGAAUGAAGCUAUGGCGGUAUUAAACUCCAAAACACCUAUAUUGACAGUUAACAAAAAGACUAAUCGUACACAAAUAUCAACAGAACCUCAACUUAAUACUGUGUCCAAUACAAAUAUGAGUAACUUUCCAAUUACUCGACAGGGUGUUUCUAUUGCUCUUUCUAAUACAGCGGCUGUUCCAACAGAUGUUUUUGCAGCUCCUAAUGAGAUUGGGGCUGUGGAUGGAGUAUCGGGUGAGGUCCCAUUAGUGGAUGAUGCCAAAUCAAAACUUGUGAUUGGGUUUAUUGAAGCCCUUAUUCGUUCUGUGGUUCCUCGUGCAUUAACGGAUGAUGAUCUUAUGGAACGAUGUGUGCAAUCACUUCUUCCACGUUGUGCGAUAACUAUUGAAGUAGUGCGAUUCUUGUCUUCUAUGACGGCUGCUGAUGGAGGUAGUAUCUCUCUCUUUCAUCCAGGUAUUCAUGAGUGGUUUACCCGAGUGGCAAAGUUUGUGACAGAUCAUGCUUAG